CUUUAAUCUCUUUCUCAACUCUUAUUGCCAAGUUGAUAAGGAUACUCAUUAGGAUGAAAGCAGUAGGAUGAGACAGAAAUUAGCAUUUCUAAUACAAUAUUAAAUAGUAAUGGUGAUAGUGGGCAACCUUGUUUCACUCCUGAUCUUAUUGGGAAUGGUUGUAGUUUGUCCCUAUUACAUAUGAUGCUUACUGAUGGUUUUAAAUAGAUGCUACUGAUUAUUUUAAAGAAAAGUCCAUUUAUUCUUAGUAUCUUGUAAUCUUAAGAUGUUUUGACAAUUGAUCCUUAAAAACCUUUAAAAUUGUGUCACCUCCUAGAAUGAAAUUCUUUUAAUAAUUAUUUGACCAGGUUCAUCUGUACAGUCCAACUUUCUUAUAAUGUACCCUGCACACUGAUUUAGGACUUCAGAUCGUCUUGAUGCUGUUUGGCAUAUUAAAGCUUCUCAGACCAUGGCAAGAUAUAAAUGUUUCAGUGAAGAAUUACUGACCUAUGGACACUGUUCUCUAUGCCAUUAAAAUGAAAUGAAAAUAUCUUAGUAAAAGGUUGGGAAGUCUUUUCUGGUUACAGUGCCAAUUUUGCUGCAGACUCCAAGUUUCUUCCUAGGGAGAUGGCUCAGUUGGACCGAAGGGAGGAAGAGCAACUAUCUGAAGGCCACAAGGGACCUGGGAGAAUGGAACAGGAUCAGGUCCUUCCUCUCCUCCCGGAGAGGAUAGAGCCGGAGAGCAGCACCAAGAGGAGGAUCAGCCACUUGCAAGUUGAGGGUGCAGGUCAGUUGAAACUCUCAAUAGAUAAACAAGACCGGGUUUUGCUUCUUUAUAUCAUAGAAGCCAAAGAUCUCAUGAUCAAAGACUCUCGACCUUGUGAUGCUUAUGUGAAGGUGUCUGUGGUACCUGAUAAUGAUCGAAAACGAAGGCAGAAGACUCAGACUAUCCCAGACUGUAAAAAUCCAGCUUUCCAUGAACGUUUUUUCUUUCCCAUCCAAGAGGCAGAUGAGCAGAAGCGGCUUCUGGUUGCUGUGUGGAACAGAGAAAGAGACAAUAGACAGAAUCAACUCAUUGGCUGCAUGAGCUUUGGGGUGAAGUCUCUUCUGGCCCCUGACAAGGAGAUCAGUGGCUGGUAUUAUCUUCUGGGACAGGACCUAGGCCUCACGAAACAUCUUAAGGUGGCAACUCGGCGGUUGAAAAAGAGCAGAGAUGCAUUACUGAGAAAACCUGAUCUAGCACUGAAACAUGUGGACAGUGAAAACAUGCAAUUAAAGAUUACCAUCCCGAGGGGAAGGGACGGCUUUGGUUUCACCAUCUGCUGUGACUCUCCCGUUCGAGUUCAAGCUGUAGAUUCUGGGGGCCCUGCAGAGCGGGCAGGGCUGCAGCAGCUAGACACGGUGCUACAGUUGAAUGAGCAGCCUGUGGAACACUGGAAAUGCGUGGAGCUGGCCCAUGAGAUCAGGAACUGCCCUGGUGAGAUCAUCUUGCUAGUGUGGCGCAUUAUCCCUCAGAUCAAACCUGGGCCUGAUGGUGGUGUCCUGCGCAGGGCCUCGUGCAAGUCAACUCAUGACCUCCAGUCACCCCCAAAUAAACGGGAGAAGAACAGUGGUCUGGGGACCAGACCUGAGCAGCGCCGCAGCUGUCACCUGGUGUGUGACAGCUCUGACGGGCUGCUUGUGGGCGGCUGGGAGCGCUAUAGUGAAGUGGGGAAACGGGCCCAGCACACUUUGCCACCACUGUCCCGGCCUUCAGCUCCUCUUGACCCCAACUACAUCAUCUUAGCCCCUUUGAACCCUGGGAGCCAGCUUCUGAGGCCCUUGUAUCAAGAGGACAGUAUCCCAGAGGAUACAGGAAACACUAGCAAAGGAAAAUCCCACACAGGCCUGGGGAAGAAAUCCAGACUGAUGAAGACAGUGCAGACUGUAAAAGGCUGUGGUAACUACCAGAAUUGUACCAUCAUGAAGCCCCACAGCCCACACUCAAACUAUGGCACCUAUGUGACACUGGCUCCCAAAGUCCUGGUCUUUCCGGUUUUCGUACAGCCUCUAGAUCUCUGUAACACAGCUCGGACUCUGCUGCUGGCUGAGGAGCUUAUGCUUUAUGAAGGGAGAAACAAAACUUCCAAGGUGACAUUAUUUGUGUAUUCUGAUCUGUUGCUCUUCACUAAGGAGGAUGAGCCAGGACGAUGCAAUGUCCUGAGAAAUCCACUGUACCUCCAGAGUAUAAAACUGCAGGAAGGUUUGGCAGAAGACUUGAAAUUCUGUGUACUCUAUUUGGCAGAGAAGGCGGAGUGCUUAUUAACUUUGGAAGCCUACUCUCAAGAGCAGAAGAAGAGGGUGUGUUGGUGCUUGUCCAAGAACAUUGCCAAGCAGCAACAGCUGGCAGCAGCGCCACAGGAGAGCAAGAUGCUUGAGACAGACGUGGAUGAAAAAAAAGAGAUGCCUUCAGAGGAGGAGGUACCUCCUCCUACUGAGAUGGGGGCUAGUGGAGCACCUGAGGAACCGAGGCCUCCUGAGAGUAUCUGUUCCCAAAAGGAGGCACUUGCAGGGAAGACCGCAGGCCUGGAGGGGGUGGCCAGUGAGGCACCUGAGGAGCAUAAACCUCUUGAAGACCACGCAUCCCAAGUGGAGGCCUCUGCAGGGCAGGCCCCGGGUGCAGAGGUUGCCCAGUCUGCUGAGGGAGUGGCCAAUGGGGCACCUGAAGUGCCGGAGCCUCCUGCCAGUGAGUGUCCUCAAGAAGUGCCCACAGAGGCGGCUCCGUUAAGUGACAAGCAGCCCUUUGUGAUCCCCGAGGUCCGCCUGGACGCCACCUUCAGCCAGAGUCCAGGAGCAGAGGGGGUAGAGCAGGAUGGGGCCCUGGACGAUGAGGCUGAAGAAGAGGAGGAGGAAGGCGAGGGCGAGGAGGGGUACGAGGAUGAGGACGAGGAGAGCGACGACAGCUACCUGGAGCGGAACGAGCCCAAGCGGUGCAGCAUGAUCGAGACCUCGGGCCCGCCGGGGGCCUUCAUGCUGACGGUGCAGAGCUCCCUGCGGCGCCGCACCCACAGCGAGGGCAGCCUCCUGCAGGAGACCAAGAGCCACUGCUUCACCUCGGACACCACCCUCAACUGCUCGGACGGCGAGGGCAGCAAGAGUGGCUGGGGCCUGGCCUCCCCCUGCACAGUGAAGAAGGAGCUGGCCCGCAACGGGGGCUCCAUGCACCAGCUCUCUCUGUUCUUCACAGGGCACAGAAAGCUGAGCGGCACUGAGGUGAGCUGUGAGGACGGCGCUGAGGCAUCUCAGAAGAGGAGCACAAAACUGGCCAAAGAUAUGAAGAACAGAUUGGGGAUUUUCCGGAGAAGAAAUGACUCUCCUGGGGGCAACGUGGCUGGCAAGGCAGACAAAGGGAUGAAGUCCCUGAAGCCCACCUCUGAGGAGGCACUCAAGUGGGGAGAGUCUCUGGAGAAACUGCUGUUGCACAAAUAUGGACUAGCAGUGUUUCGUGCCUUCCUCCGAACAGAGUUCAGUGAAGAGAACUUAGAAUUUUGGCUGGCAUGUGAGGACUUCAAGAAAGUCAAGUCGCAAUCUAAGAUGGCAUCCAAGGCAAAGAAGAUCUUUUCAGAAUAUAUUGCCAUCCAGGCGUGUAAAGAGGUGAACCUGGACUCCUACACACGGGAACACACCAAGGACAACCUACAGAAUGUCACCAGGGGCUGCUUUGACCUGGCUCAGAAGCGAAUCUAUGGGCUUAUGGAGAAAGACUCCUAUCCUCGUUUCCUCCGCUCAGAGCUCUACUUAGACCUCAUUAACCAGAAGAAGCUGAGCCCUCCAUUGUAGGAGUGCUCCCCUCCCCUCUCCGGGCAGCCCGGGAGAGACGAAUGUUUACAUGGAGCCCGCCCAGCGAUGGCCUGCUCUCUCCCUCCCCGCUCUCCAGAGGAUGGCCGAGAGGAUGGGCCAUUCUUACCGGGGCCUCCUCGAAGCCACGUCUCUGUUGGACUGGCCCGUGGACAUAGAAGAAGUCUGAGGCCUCGGGGUCCCUGGGGACUCCAGAAGCCAGUGGGCUGGUGCUAGGUGUCUUGGCACCCCGCCCCCUCCCCAGUGCCACUGUGGUACGACGACGCCUGCCCCAGGAUUGGGCCUACGGGCGUGGCCCCUAGGCAGGGCUUUGGUACAGGCUGAAAGGGUCUUGUCCAGGCAGCAGGUAGCCAGGGAAGGGGGGAAGCUGGGGGCACAGGGGACCAACCAGUACAGAACCUUACCUCUCACUUGGGAGCUCCACCAAGCAUUCCCCAGCACAGGCCUGCUCCCCCUUCUGGGUCACUUCUCGCUGAUGGAGGCCCUGAAAGAACUGGGUAGCAGAAGGUGGGAACGGGGAAGGUAUCCCCCAGGCCAGGUGGCAAGUGCUCAGGCGGCUUGUCCUGUAGGUUUUGACCUCCAGGUGCCAUCCCUUGGGGCCCUAGUGCUCAGUGCCCUGAUGUCCCCCACCCUGGGCCCUGGCCUCAGGAUUUUAUUUAUUUCAACACUGUAGCCGAAUGCUUGAUGCAUUGUUCUGUAAUAGGAAAUCCUUGCCUCUUUAUUUUCUUAAUUUACAAGUGCAAUAUUUUAAAUAUGUUUUCGUGGGAAGCUACAAAGCAGAAUGACCGUUCUAUUUUAAGAAGGUGUACACACUUUUAUAAGUUGGGGUGGGAGGGAGGGUUGGUUUUUGCCCAAGGGGCCCUGGCAGCAGGCAGCUGGGGCCCCUGGAUGUACAUAUGUUGAAAAUCUUAAAUUGGAUAAUAUGAACAAAGUGCCGUGCAAGGCUGACCCUCAGAGCAGAGGGACAGUGUCUCUGAAGGGGCCCACCUGGCUCUGGGACAGCACAUUUGGUCCUUGAGAGCCAUUUCUGUGGUUCCCAAACUAUCCACAUAGCCGGGUGAUGGAAUGAAUAAAAGGCCCAUGGGACUUCUA